AUGGGCGUUUUAAAACAUGCGGUAGAUUUUGCUUCGGAUGCUGCCGGCUUAGAAAAAACUCUAAGGUUGAUACAAGCUUUAUGUCAAAUAUGUGCAUUUUAUCCGACGGUUCUGGGGUGGAUUUUGUUGGGGUUGGGGAUUGGAAUGGGGAGGAGAAGCGGAGGGGGGGAGGGGAGUGUGGAUGGGAAGUUGCAGGUGCAGAUUGUGGAGAAGUUGUGGAAGGCGAGAAGGGAGCUUGCUGUUGGACGUCGCUACAUGCGUUUCUUUCGAUUCAUCAAAAAUUUCUCAAAAGCAUGGGAUAGUUUGUUAAAUGAAGAUGGGAUGAGGAUGUUGAUUAAUGUAGGAAAAUCGGGAUUUAUGGGUGCUUAUUUGGGAUUGGAAAGUCUCACCAUCUUAGAUAUUAUGGGUGUAUGCAAUACUCCUUGGUCUUCAACAUGUGCUCUCGAAGGCAAUAAAUUUUGGUUCUAUUCGCUGAGUAUAUCGAUAUUUGGAGGGCUAUGGGAUCUUUACCAUCUGUUUGCAAGUAACGACACAACACCGAAACCCAAUUCACAGCAAGAUCCACAUGGCUCAGAUCUAUCAGCGAAACCAGUCGAAAUCACACAGGUUAUCGUGGAACAGCCAGGGAAAAAUGAAAAUAAGGGAAAAUACAAGACUGAAAUAUUGCUCAAAAUUGUUGAAAAUGCAGCCGAUCUCUUUCAACCCGGAGCGGGAACGGGAUGGAUCGUUAGUGAUAGGGGCAUUGUAGGUGUGAUGACUGUUAUUAGUACACUGCUUAGCUCGAGAGAUAUUUGGAGGAGAGUUGGGAAUCGGGAAGGGCAAAGGGAAGGGGGAAUGAAGAGGAAUUAG